AUGGAUUAUAUUUUAACUUUAUCUGUACUGUGUCGAGGAACUGUAGAUGAUAAAUUAAGAUGGAUAUUUCGAUUUUAUGAUAUUACUGGCGAUGGACAAUUGUCAAGAGAGAGUUUUGCUGAUAUUAUACGUUCAUUAUACGAUUUAAUUGGACCUACGGUUCAACCAAGAGUGCAAGAAAGUGAUAUACAAAAACAUAUCGACGAAAUAUUUGAACAUGUUGACCCAUUACAAGUAGAGCAAAUAACAGCGGAAGAUUUUAUUGAAUAUUGCAAGAGACGACCACAGUUAAUCGAUUCAAUUCAAUCACUUUCCAGUACAUUUUGA